ACGGUGAAAUUAACACGAGUGUUUCAAUAUAUAUUAUAUGGUCGUGUGAACUCAAUUAUAUUUCCGAAUAUUGAAUGAUCUGUGUUUAUUUUUUAAACUUUAUAUCCGACGGCGUUUUUCAACAUUCCUAAAUUGUUUUUAAAAUAUGGCAGAAUAUGAAGAAAAGAUUGAACAGUACCGCAAAGAUCUGGAAGAAAAUGCGAAGUUAAUAAUCAAAAAUGAUUUUCCCAAAACAAUCAUGGAGUUGAAUGAUUUAUUAACGUCUGAUUUGUUUGACAUAAAAAACAUGCCAAAUGUAACAGUGAAGCUGAAUCUACCUGUUCCAGAUCCAGUUGUCCUUAACAGUCAUGAGUCGCUUGGCAAAAGGAAACGAUUGGAUGACGAUGUCUCGGGUUCCUUGGUAAUGUCAUUCCCAGAUGGAAUGGUGCCCUGCAAUGAGCAUAUCAUGAAGCUUAUCAACCUGAUGAAACCACAAAUCAUGAGCUUGAUAGAGAGGUGCAACCAGAUUAAAAUGUGGAUACAAUUACUCAUUCCCAGGAUAGAAGAUGGAAACAACUUUGGAGUGUCUAUACAAGAAGAUACAUUGUCAGAGGUACGUCAGGUGGAGGGGGAGGCAGGGGCCUAUUUGGAUCAGAUAUCCCGCUAUUUCAUCACAAGAGCCAAGUUGGUUUCAAAAGUUGCAAAAUAUCCUCAUGUGGGUGACUACAGGCAAAGUGUUAAAGAGAUUGAUGAGAAAGAAUUUGUGAAUCUUCGACUUAUCUGUGCAGAACUAAGGAACAGUUAUCUUGGAAUGUUCGACCUUAUAUCAAAGAAUAAAGAGAAAAUAAUUCGGCCACGGACCAGUAAUUCUCAAGCCCUCUAUUAAGUAUGAAUGAGAGAGACAUCAGGUGUUAAAGAGCAAAUCACAUAGAACUGAUAGAUGAUAAAAAAAAAAACAGAUUCCACAUUCUACCCAUACUGCUUUGCAGUAAACAGCAUAUAUUUGGAGCUAUGCGAAUAUUAUAGUGCUUUAGUAAACCUAAGGCCAUCUCAGACAGCGUCAUAAAACACAGCCCAACGUGAUGUAUUGUCGGGGACAUGUCUUAGGUCAUUGUGAAAAUCAACUAUAUGACUACCCCAACGCAGUCUUACAAUGACUUAUCGCGUUUAACUCACAUGAAUUGCAUCGGGCUGCAUUUGAGUUGGCCUUAAUGAAUUUGAAUAAACCAGAGUAAAACUAACUCAAUGACCAUGUAUGACCUCAACUUAUAUUAUUAGCAACAUAAUUAUUGUGUAUGCUGUUAUUAUUUAAUUUCAUUGUUGUUAAUUAUUGUUCCAAACUGCAGUAUUAUGUACACUGUAUGUAGCCAAAAUAUUCAAGAUUGAGACAGGAUGCUAGGUUAUUACCAUGUUUACUGCCAUACAUGGUGUUGUUGAUGGCCCCUUUAUAAGUAUACUCAUCAAAAACUGCCGACAUCCCAAGUUGGACCACCGAAUCUCAGUUGUUAGUUCAAGGAAGAUACAUAUAUGUUUUUAUUUGUUGUGCGUCAUUACAGUUAAUGGGGGGAAAGUGGCCAUAUGAUGGUGCUCUCAACACUCUAAAACUAAUGAUACGACUGCAGAAAUCUAUGUGGUUAGCUGUUCUGGAAGAAUGUGCCAUAUUUUUUAAAUAAAUUAAUGAAAGAAACCAAUGUCAUUCAGUGCAAAAAAAAUGUCAGAGAAGACAACUCUGACACCAGGCAAUUAAAAAUGUCAUUUUCUAUUCCCAUGAUGCUAUCAUCCCACCGAUAUAUUCCCAACUUAUGAUGCUUUGUGACUGAGUACAAUUUGAAAAACAUGUACUUGCAUAUUAUAUGUAAACAUGUUUUGGCAAAUUGAAAACAACUACCGAUAGAGGGUGUGGCAACAAACAUGUUAAAGAAUCAUGGUAUUUUUUGUACAGGUUUUUUUUUUUAUACCAUGUUUUCCCGGAUUCCAUCAGUUAACUGAAAUAUAUAAAAUUCUAAGGUAGUUUUCAAAAUGCUUUUGAAAUAAAAACUUUAAAUUGCAGUUAGAGAAACAAAGACAUUUUAUUAAAUUACAACAUCCCAAAGGUUGUGGUUAUAGUGAUUAUUGUAUUUUUUUUUUCUGAGAAAUAUUAAAAUUUUACUUUAAAUUAAAAA